GUUGGACGCGAUGCAGCGAAUACUGCUUAUCGUGCUGGGCGGAUUCUUUCUGUUGACCAGCAUUGGCCAACAGAUCAAGUGCGUUUCUAGUACUCGGUAUUUGAUUCCAAAUUUUACGGCCAAUUGGCAUCGGGCCAACGAGUACUGCUUCUAUCUGGGAAUGCAGCUGGCCAUCGUGGAAACUCCCGGGGAACAUCAAAUCAUUGCUAGCCUAGUUAAGGACUCCGAAAUUUUCGAUGUAAACCGUACAGUCGUUUGGCUGGGGGCAAGUGAUUUGGGCCAAGAGGGGAUCUUCUAUUGGCACGCGACCGGACUACGCCUCAAGUACGCCGCCUGGGGCCGAGGACAGCCGGACGAUUGGAGGGGCCAGGAGGAUUGUCUGGUGAUGGCAAACGUACCGAAUAACGGAUGGUCCUGGAUCGCCAACGAUAGCAACUGUACAGCUUGGUAUUAUUUUGUUUGUGAAAAUAUGAAUGCCUCCAAGAUCGAUGUAUUUUAGCGGCGUUGUUGUGAAAAUUUUAGAAACAACGAAGCUAGUAGAGCUUAUGGUUCUUAAAGACAGGUACUUCCAAAAUAUACUUUGAGAUUAAAUACAUAGUUCA